AUGGAAGACCCUGAUAGCAAACGACCCUUAACUGUACAUGAUGCGAUUUUGAACAUUACAGCGGCAUGGGAAGCAAUUAAGCCUGAAACCAUUCAAAAUUGUUUCAAGAAAGCAGGUUUCAGAAAUAACGUGGUUGACGUCGUUUUGGAAGAAGAAGGAGAAGCCUUGAUACUGCAAGGUUUUCCUGGAUAUUCUUCCAUUGACGACAAUGUGGCACCGUACGAAAUUCAAUCAAUUGAAAAUCUUAUUGAGAAUGUGAAUAACACACAAAAAGAGGCUCUAAGUGAUAAUGAUGAAGACGAAGAUGAGUCAACUUCGAUUUUAUCAAACGCCCAGGCAUUAUCAGCUGUUAAUGAUUUAAGACGCUAUGUAGCUUCUUUAAAUCAAAGCGAAGACGCACUGCAAAAGCUAAAUUAUAUUGAAAAUCUUGUGAUAGUUAGCUAUGCAUCUUUCAAUCAAACUAAAAUAAGUGAUUACUUUAAA